CUGAGAGUAUUCGACAUUCUAGUUUUAGCCGGUAAAGCGUGAGCACGUUCGUUUUCUCUCUACAAAUUAAAUUAACACUUUAAAAAAAUGGAGUUCGUUGGCAAGAAAUACAAAAUGGUCUCCUCGGAGAACUUCGACGAGUUCAUGAAGGCUAUCGGCGUCGGCCUCAUCACCCGUAAGGCCGCUAACGCUGUAACACCAACAGUGGAGCUGCGUCAAGAUGGCGAUACCUUCGUCCUGGUUACGUCAUCCACCUUCAAGACCACCGAGAUGAAGUUCAAGCCCGGCGAAGAGUUCGAUGAGGAGCGUGCUGAUGGCGCUAAGGUGAAGUCAGUGUGCACUUUCGAAGGCUCCAGCUUGAAGCACGUGCAAACGGGAAGCGACGGUGUUAUAGUCACCCUCAUCAGGGAGUUCGGCCCCGAAGAAAUGAAGGCCACUAUGACCGCAAAGGACGUCACCUGCACCAGAGUGUACAAAGUACAAUAAAAAAAAAUCACUUCAAAAGACUGCGGGGCAGCGCCCUCUAGCUAUUUCCUAUAUUAUUUUAUAUAUACCCAUUAGCACAACUAUUUUCAUAUUAUAAUUUAGGUUUAUCGAAACGAUUGUGGACUGUAAGCUAACAACGUAAGGAUCGCUACGAGCUGCUCGUAUGUUGCCAAAGUUAAGAUAGAAGUGGGUUCUCUAAAGAUACAGCUGUUGUAUAAGUUUUUCAGUGCAUGUUUAAAUAAAGAUUUUUUUUUAAUAUUACAAA